GAGAGAGAAAGAGAGAGAUUGAAUGAAUGAAUGAAUGAAUGAAAGGUGGGGGCUAAUUGGGGCUGGACCAGGUUAAAGCCUGGAGCCCAGUACCCAAUCUAGGUCUCUCACAUGAGUGGCAGGGACCUAAGUACUUGAGCCAUCACCUGUUGCUUCCUAGGGUACACGUUAGUAAGAAGCUGGUAUUGCAAGCAGAGUUGGGAUUUUAACCAGGCACUCUGAUAUGAGAGGUGGGCAGACCAAGGGGUGUGUUAACCGAUGUGACAUACGCCCACCCCAACUUCUUGGGUUUCGUCAGGCAGAUGAGGUCACCUGCACACUCAUCUCCUUCAUUGGUCAAAGGAGAUUGUUAUGACAAGUUAGUGUCUCUUUAUAGGGCUGGAAAAGGGGCUCCAAAUCAAAGGAUCAGGGUUCUGUACGCCAGGAAGAAGUAACAGGGACAGCUGUGAGGAAGGCCGUUGUCCAUGAUUGCUGUAGGCAGAACCCAGACGGGAUGAUGGAUAAGGUUGGAGGUGGCUGAUUAGAAGGACAGAAGCUGUGUGCUUUGUCCUGGCCACAGUGAAGUUGGGGCAAGCUGUCAUCUUGACUGGGCUAGGGGGUGGGCUUAGAAAUGAGGAUCAGAAGUGCAAAAACGUCCAAACAGUCACAUGACAGCGACAAAGCCAGAGGUGUCAGCUCAGAGCCAAAGUAAGCUACAGCCUGUGGCGCGUCUGAUACUGCAGCGGGAGCCUGGAGCCCUUGUCAGGGUCCAGAUGGAGCGAAUAGAAUUGUGCUGAGUGCCUGCUUUCUGGCUCUGCUUUUUGCCUGGCGGGAGUGUAGGUUACAUUUAGAGCAGGCAAGUGGUCGCUGGAGGUAUGUGGCAAUCUCAAGAGCCUUCAACAGCUAGUUAAAACUCUGGGUGUGGGCACAGCGUUUCAGGGGCUAGCUGAUUCUGAGCAUUGAACUGGAGAUGGGAGAAGAGAAUUUCAGGGCCAAGUCGGGAAAUUGGCAGGAGUCCCUGAUCCAGGACGAGCUUGAUUUACUGGGAAGUCACCAAAAUAGGAGCUUGGGAACCAGCUUGGAAAUGAAGCCUGUUAUUUGAGGGCUGGAGGCAGGCUGGCAUUAGCAACCUGGGAGCUCUUUGAUUAAAAGUGGGAACUUGGGGAGGAACUGUAGCCAGUGCUACCUGCUGCAAGACCACGGCGUGUGGACCUGGCUCGGGUUAAAGGUCCCCUGUCUUUGAGUUGGAUUUGAAGGUCAGAUUGAGCUUACCACAGAAGGAGAAGAAAGAAUGUAGAGAGAGGAGGAGAUAGAAUACACAGGACUUGGAAAGAACCUGGAGCUUGAGCCUUGGUGGCUGGCCUUAGGAAACAUGUGGAAUCCAGAAGCAGCAGCUGUUUCUGAAGCUAAAAUGCCGUGAGUGUGAGCUGAGCUGUGCACAGGGCAUUUAGGUGGAGGUGUCGGGAAUUGAUUAUAUGCCACUGGGACUUGGCUGCAGUCAUCCACCUGGGGUAACCACGGAGACAGCGCAGGGAGAGCACCUGGUGGGUUCUGUGUCCCCUGAAGGUGAAGGCGUUUCCUCCUUGCUCCUGCAUCUGAGUGGGAGCGCUGUUUUGUUGUUCAAAAUUAACGUCCUGGACAUGCAGAUGAGAUGGUUUUAGUUGUUAGGCUUUUCCGGUUGCUAAGAGUCAAGGUGAGGGUGUGUGGAAACUGCACUGAUGGAUUCUAGACCCAGCCCCACAGGUCCUUAAAAUGGUUGUAUUUGUUUCCAGAUAAUUUUAUUUCUCCAAGAGUUCUUUUUCCAGAUCACUCAGAUUUCUGGUUGAUUCUUCCUUCCUAAUGUCUUUUAAGUACACCCAAUUUACCCCAAACAUAUGCAUUUUCUUAUAUGUAAAAGUUUUAGGUUCUCCAAGGAGAGAAAAAAGUUCAGAGAACACACCCAUCUCUCCAAGACCAGAAUGUGUGUUUAUCGUUCAUUGUGAUUUCCAUUUAUAGGGGUUGUUACUUGUGGAGAAUCCACUAGUAUUCUUCAGUGAUUCUUUCAUGAAAUUUCCUUAAAAGGGAAAAGAGAAACGUGUCGCUUCUCUCUCCUUCUUUCUGAAACCAUGCAGCAAGUGGGAGGAAGGAAGACACUGUCCCAUGACAUCCAUGGUGAAAUUAUUCUCCGUUGAAUAAUCUGGCCACACCCUUUACCUUGGCAGGUGUGUGUCUUUAAGGCACAAGGCACCCUUUUUUUCUCUAGUUAAGUUGAAAGUGGCACUUUAUAUAAGAUUUACAUAAUCGGGAAAAGGAGAUUAUUAAUACCUAUGUAAUAAAACCUGGCUUCAUAAGCUGGUGUAGGACCACCUAAGUAUCAGUAGAAGAUAGGAGAAAGCUGUUUUUGGUAGUGAAAAUGGUUGAAUUGUUAUUUGAAUCUACGAUUAUUUAUUUAUUUAUUUGAAAGUCAGAGUUACACAGAGAGAGGAGAGUCAGAGAGAGAGAGAGAGAGAGAGAGAGAGAGGUCUUUCAUCUGCUGGUUCACUCCCCAGUAGGCUGCAACGGCUGAAGCUGAGCUGAUCUGAAGCCAGGAGCCAGGAACUUCCUCCAGGUCUCCUACACCGGUGCAGGGGCCCAAGGACUUGGGCCAUCUUUCACUGCUUUCCCAGGCCACAGCCGAGAGCUGGAUCUGAAGUGGAGCAGCCAGGUCUCAAACCAGCGCCCAUAUGGGAUGUCGGCACUGCAGGCCAGAGUGUUAACCUGCUGCACCACAGUACCAGCCCCUGAAUCUACGAUUUUAUUUAUAUGAGUUUCAAAACCUUUUCAAACACAUUGGCAAAUGUGAAGAACUUUCCAGAACUUAGAUGAGUGCUACAGGCAAGCUAACCAAAUCAUUUAUGGAUGAAACCAGGACCUUUUGGAAACUGAAGGACAGUAUUAGGAAUAAUUAUGCACUAGACAGGUUUUGGGCAAAGUGGGACUUCCAAGCAACUUGGUCUGGAUUUCGGUGGUGGCUAACAAUUCUCAUUGUUCAAGGUUGGGGCGAAACAAACAAAGGUAUUUCCUCCUUGCUCCUGCAUCCGAGUGGGAGCGCUGUUUUGUUGUUCAAAAUUAAGGUGCUGGACAUACCAGAUGAGAUGGUUUUCGUUGUUAGGCUUUUCCGGUUGCUAAGAGUCAAGGUGUGGAAACUGUGCUGUGUGGAUUCUGGGCGCAGCCCCAUAGGUCCUUAAUGACUUCAGUGUGGGUUUUUAAUCUCCUGCCCAAGUGUUAUCUUACUUGCCCAGACAAGCCACUCACCACUACCGGAGAGUGUGGGAAAAUUAACACUGCCGGAGCAACCAGGCAAGGGAAAAAAAAAAAUAGUCUGAAGGUGGAAGUGAAUUGCAUUUGGGAUUUAUUUUAAUGCAAUCUGGAAAAGUACAACUUUAAAUCUCAGGGCUGCUUAAGGAGAGCCCACACCUUUCCUUAGAGGGAAAAGGGGGAAAAAAAAGAGGAUUGAAAACUAUCCAGCACACAGCUAUCUGUAAUGUUUGCGCUAGCUAUCAGGAAACCCGAAAUGCUGAAUGUAAUAAAAUGUUGACAGCAGUUUUACUUAACAUGCGGUGACUCUGGAAUCGAACGACAUCCUUGGCACCAAAGGAAAUCCAGAGAAUAAAAGCAGCAGUCGUCAGGAUUUGAAGGAAGCCACAGAUUAUUACCAUCUGUACGUUUUACGGGACCCCUUGGAAAACCAGAAACCCAGGACCCAGCCUGCAGAGGCAGUGAUGUGUCACCAAUCAGCAUGUCGCCCAUCAGUCAAUCGCAGUUUAUUCCACUCGGGGAAAUCCUUUGCUUGGCCAUCUCAGCAAUGAACUCGGCAAGAAAACCUGUCACCCAAGAAGCACUGAUGGAGCACCUGACGACCUGUUUCCCAGGUGUUCCGACCCCUAGCCAAGAAAUCCUGCGGCACACGCUGAACACGCUGGUACGAGAGAGGAAGGUCUAUCCCACCCCGGAGGGCUACUUCAUCGUGACCCCACAGACUUAUUUCAUAACGCCUUCCCUCAUAAGAACUAACAGCAAAUGGUACCAUUUGGAUGAGAGGAUACCUGACCGGUCUCAGUGUACCUCUCCACAGCCUGGAACCAUCACGCCCUCUGCCUCCGGCUGCGUCAGGGAAAGGACAGUGCCCAGGAACCACUGCGACUCGUGCCACUGCUGCAGGGAAGAUAUGCACAGCCUGCACGCGUCCACUCUGCAGAGGAAGCCUGCCAAGGACUGCAAGGACCCCUACUGCCCCCCUUCGCUGUGCCAGGUGCCGCCCACUGAGAAGAGCAAAAGUACUGUAAAUUUCUCCUAUAAGACGGAAACUCUCUCGAAACCUAAAGACAGUGAAAAGCAGUCCAAGAAAUUUGGGCUGAAGUUAUUCCGGCUAAGUUUUAAGAAAGACAAGACCAAACAGCUGGCCAAUUUUUCUGCCCAGUUUCCUCCCGAGGAGUGGCCCCUGCGCGACGAGGACACGCCCACCACCAUCCCCCGGGAAGUGGAGAUGGAAAUCAUCCGGCGCAUUAACCCGGACCUGACGGUGGAAAACGUCAUGAGGCACACGGCCCUCAUGAAGAAGCUCGAGGAAGAGAAGGCGCACAGGAGCAAAGCCGGGUCUUCCGCCCACCACAGCGGCAGGAGUAAAAAGAGCAGGACUCACCGGAAGUCCCACGGGAAGUCUCGGUCGCACAGCAAGACCCGAGUGUCCAAAGGCGAGCCCUCGGACGGCUCGCAUCUGGACAUCCCCGGGGAGAGGGACUGCGACUUCUGUGACCCUCUCACCCGGGCGCCCAGGGAGGGCUGCUUCAUCAUCGAGCACAAAGGAGACAACUUCAUCAUGCACAGCAACACCAGCGUGAUCGAGUCCCACUUCCCCAUGACACCCGAGUGGGAUGUGUCCGGCGAGCUGGCCAAGAGGAGGACUGAGAUGCCUUUUCCCGAGCCUUCCAGGGGAAGCUCCCACUCCAAAGUGCACCGAAGCCACAGCCAUACCCAGGACCGACGGUCCAGGAAUGAGAGAUCCAGCAAGGCCAAGGAGAGGUCCAGGUCGAUGGAUAACUCCAAGGGCCCUCUGGGUGCAUCUUCGCUAGGGACGCCUGAAGACUUGGCCGAAGGCUGCAGCCAGGACGACCAGACCCCCAGCCAGUCCUACAUUGACGACAGUACUUUAAGGCCUGUCCAGGCUGUGGGGCACCAAAGGGUUCACCUGGCGUCCACGAGUUACAAGGAGGUGUGUAUUCCAGAAAUAGUCGGUGGCAGCAAGGAGCUUCCCAGCGCGUGCAGCCUGUUGGAGCCAGGCAAACCGCCCGAGAGUCUGCCACCCUAUGGGGACCUCAGUGCUUGUCCAAGCAAAACAGCUGCUGAUGACUAUUUCCAGUGCAACACCUCCAGUGAGACGGUGCUCACGGCCCCAUCCCCCCUGGGAAAGAGCAAGGAGGACCACGACACUCUGACUCUGGCAGAAGGAGUGAAAAAGCUGUCUUCCUCCGACAGGCAGGCCCCCCAUUCCUCCCGGGAGCCCAUGGGGCACAAGGAGGAGUCCCCCAAAGGGCUGGGCGGGGGCCCGGCUGCUUCCGGGGGCGUGGCGGAGGCGGUGGCAAAUGGACGCCUCGUGCAGCACCACAGCACGGAGCCGGGCAGCCUAGACAAGAGGAAAGAGAUUUUCAGCAAAGACACGCUCUUCAAGCCUCUUCACAGCACCCUGUCUGUAAACAGCUAUCACAAAUCAAGCCUGUCCCUCCUCAAAUCGCACCCGAAGACCCCGGCUGACACGCUGCCAGGCCGGUGCGAGAAACUGGAGCCCGCCCUGGGGACCUCGGCGGCACAGGCCAUGCCCGCUUCCCAGCGCCAGCAGGAGUCUGGAGGGAACCAGGAGGCCUCCUUCGACUACUACAACGUCUCUGACGACGACGACUCGGAGGAAGGGGCCAACAAAAACGCGGAGGAGGAGAAGAACAGAGAUGACGUCGGCACCAUGCAGUGGCUCCUGGAGCGAGAGAAGGAAAGAGACUUGCAGAGGAAAUUUGAGAAGAACCUCACGCUCCUCGCCCCGAAAGAGACGGACAGCAGCAGCCAUCAGAGAGCCACGCAUUCGGCCCGGCUGGACAGCAUGGACAGCAGCAGCAUCACCGUGGACAGUGGAUUCAACUCCCCACGUACUCGGGAGAGCCUGGCUUCCAACACAUCCAGCAUUGUUGAAAGUAACCGUCGGCAGAACCCUGCUUUGAGUCCGGCCCACGGCGGAGCCGGGCCAGCCUUCAACUUCCGAGCCAGUACGGAUCCCCCAGGCAACGAAGCUGAGAAACUACAGAAACCUUCCAACUGCUUGCAAGCUUCUGUUACUAGUGUGUGAUAGUCACUCUGCCUCAGAUCUUCUGUCUCGUUCGAUACGGCCAAGUUUACGACACUGGGACUGACGUUUACAUCUUCGGAAAGACAAGCAUCUCAACCACAGUUUUUGUGCUUACUUAAACUGUGCUGCUAAGUAGGCUAGGGCAAAACAAAACAAAACACAUCUUUAUUUCAGAGUAUUGCUUUUCACAUUUUUGGCUCUGUAGCGACCGAAUAGCAGUAGGGGUGAUAUGUAUACUUUUGCUUCACUAACUGUAUCUGAGCACACAUAGGAAAGUCUAGACACUGUAAGUGUGAUAUGCAUUUUCAAUGUCAUGCAGUUGCCGAUUCCAUAUUAAAAUGCCACAGAUGAGUGUUGCUCCCGGUUUGUGGUUAAAUGGCACCACAGAACUGAUCCUUGACACUUCCAAAAACAAAAGCAAAAAAAAAAAAUGCCCAUGCCACCACGACAUGUCAAAUGCAAGGGUCUACUUAGGGAAAUCCAUGCCAAACUUCCCAGCAGGGACCACAGCCCUCUGUUUGUGAAUUGUUUCUGCACCAGUCAUUUUUCACUGUGAGUUCUGUGACGCUGUUUUGCAGGAGGCCGUGGAAGUGUGUCGGAAGGGGUCGCGAGGGAAACACUGGGAGUGCUGGCUUUCAGGAUCUUGUUUUCAGGUGUGACGGAUGCUUGUGUGAUGUUGUAACCUUCCAUGGUCACAGGCAGGAACAUACAGGACCUUGAAUCUGAAGUGGACAAAGGAAGGGAAUCCCAGUUUGGAUGGGGCACAGCACUAAGUGCUGGAAGAGGUCGUGUGGACUUGUCGAAGGUUUUCAUCAAACCUUGAAGGAAGUUCGUUUCCUCCUUGUGAUUCUUAGGAUGAUCCUAUCUUACGAUAAUAGAUACGAUAAUUAGUUUGUUUAAAAGCAAAAUGUUUUUGUGAUACAAAUGAAGAGUAUGGCCUGAGGAUGCUAUUCUUCCUAAUGGAAGGACAGAAAUCUAUUUUAUGUAGUUUUAAAUAGAAUGCCUAAAUUAGGCGGUGGGAGAUAAUUUUUAGUGGUUAUAGGAAAGAGCAAAUUUAGGGAGAGUUGAACUUCAGGCCUUUUAUUCCUGGGAAGAUACCUAUAAAGAAAAUUUUAAAAGUAAUUUUUGAUCAGAAAUACACAUAUGCCCAUGUAAUGAAAAACAGAAUGUGCUCAUUCUGCUAGUGUGGUAUAACCAUAAUUUGUACUCCCCUGAAACUUAUCAGAAUAACAAUUAUGCAUACAUGAACUAUGCCAGAGUAAUGUUUACAGAUACUUUGUGACAAAGUUCAGGAGGCUUGUAUAGGUGGAAGUGUACCCAAGGAGUCCGAGUCAUUUCAGAUGGCUUUGUCAAUGUUUUGCUUUCACUGACAGUUGUCUUGUUGGCUGCAGAGACCGGGCAGCAAAGGGGUUAGAAACAAUUAAAACUUCAGUCUCCUAGGCAGGAGACAUUCGAGAGUUCCAUGUUUUAUUUUCCAGGAACAAUGGGCUAACUCUGUACGUAGUGGAAAACAGUUUGCAAAAGGGUUACUUAUGAUAUGAGUAAGUGGUCUGACCUAAAGUUUUAUUUAGUUUAGUGGCAUGACCUGGUUUUGAAGCCAUACACCAUAAAGAAUAUAUAUAUAUAUAUAUCCAAAAAUAGAUCUAAAAUAUUUUCACCUCAGAUUUCAGUAAUUGGCACAAACUUUGUGAGACACUUCUGUUUCCAUCUUGGGUUUCCUCACUAGCAGUAUGUUCAGAGGUGCAGACUGGCACUUAGCCAGACACAUUCCUGACGCAUUUGAAUACUCACCAUGCUUUGCAGGUAUUUGGAAGUGCAGCGGAUCAAACUGGACUCCUCAAGUUUGGCAUAAAUUCCUUUUUUGUGCUUAUUGUGGUGAAACUUAAGCACUUUCUUAGUAAACUCCCACACCAUCGAAAUGCUGAAGCCAGUUGGUUUCCAUACAUGCCUUAUUUCCUCCAAGGCAUGCCUCGAUUGCUCAGAAUGCGUUCGUUCGUCUCACUGUUUAAAUAUGCCCGGAAGGAAUGAUAUGUAUCUAAUAGACCUCAUAGUCUGUUUCCUUGGGGAGUUGUAUACCAGACGAUUACUAAAUUUUCCUGUCCAACUCCAUUUUUUUCCAAAAACAUGAUCUCAAAUUUUUAUCAUGCUAUCAGUUCAUAAAUAACGCAUCAGCCUUGAGUUGAUCCUUGAAAGUGGCCACAAAAUAAUCACAUGCUGUGCAAACAGGGAAGGAGACCAUUACGUUCAGGAGAAGCUUUGAAAUGGGAAUUAAUCAGUAUUUCACAGGAAAUAGUUUCACAGAAGACAUUAUUCAAAUAAAAUGUGUACACUAUUUGCCUGAUGCUAUGGGGUACACGAUUUCAAAAAACAAAAAGCCUCCCUUAGACCAGCAGCUCUUAGCCUAGAAAAUGAUGGCCUGUAAAUAUAGAUGUACCACGUAGAAAUGCCCCCACCUGCAUCUAGUGGGAGCUUGCUGGGGAGGGGUGCUGGCAGGACACGCAUGACAAACGUGAUGUGUGAGGCUUUCGGGGCCCAAACCCUCAGGCCCUCUCCAAGCUUUGCCAAUAUCCUUUUCGUCCAGUGAAAUCACAGCCUUGUGUUACCUGCCUGCUUAGCUAGUCCUCGAGCUUAUCAACUGAAAGGUUUACAAAACUGAAUCUGGUUGAAUCUCUGUGUAGCAUUCAACUUGAAAGGGUCAACACAUCUGUCGGCAUUUUGCACACUUAUGUAUUAUUAUGAUACAGCACAUUACUUUAUGGUAAUUUUUAUUUUUACAUAUAACUACCUCCAUAAAUUUGAUGAAAUGGCAGCAGUGCGUUCAAGUGUAUUGUUCAGAAAAGCAAAGUUUAAAACUUUCUUAAAUGUUAGGCCAUGGCAUUGUGUGUGUGUGUGUGUGUGUGUGUUAGUGAUUGUCUCUGUGGACUCAUGGCUUUUUCAUUGCCGUGGUUUUCCCUUACAACAUUAUUUGGCUUUCAGAUGUAAUCCUGUCCUCUCUCCCCCAUGAAAGCUCACUUGAUUUUGUUACGAGUGAACAGAAGUCUAAAAAUUCUUGUCUUUCUCCUCCUCUCUAUUCCUGCUAAAAGUUCUCUCUGGCACAGAGCCAGUUGGUAAACAUAGUUUGACAAGCUAUAUGGAAAUCUGAUUUGAAUUCUAGGUUUUCAGUAAUGGAAGACACACAAGAAGUUUGGGUGGCCAAUUUUGAAGCACUUUGGGUCUCUUCACCUUCACUCACAUGCUACCACAGCAAGCCCAAACUUCACUUUAAUGAAACGAGCUGGGCUGUAUAUUCCACACUUUGGUUAAAUAAUUUGUAUUCCAUUUUCUAUCAUUUGUGCAUCUCAGGGGACCUUAAUGACCAUAUGAAAAGGGCGGGGGUGCCAUCAAAUAGAGAAGUAGAAAAGCUGAGAGGGGAGUAGCUAGGUAAAAAAAAAAAAAAAAAAAAAGCAAAGUACUGCUUCUCUGCUGUUGGGAAGUUCAAGUUCAGGAAGCAUACAUUGAAAGUUAAUCUGGAGUAGCAAUGAUCUGAACACCAGCUGUUCCCAAAUCUCUCUCUCAUAACCCAACCAGCAUUUCUAAAAUGUAAAUUUAAAUCCUGUUCAGUCCCCAGGGAGGGGAGAAACCUGUUCAGUGGAAACCGAAGCAUUGCUCCCUUUUUAGGUUGGCACAGCUUUGUAAAAUUCUACCCAGGAUAAACCACUUAUCACCACAAAGUGUACUUGAAAAAAAAGUUUUUAGCUUAAAUUAUAGGCAUAUUCCUCACAACACAACAGUAAUCACUUUUUUAAAAAAAACAAAUCUCUCCAUGUAUAACAUGAGCAGUGUUCAGAACUUGGUUAAGAAACCAACAACAACUGAUGAUGACUUUGCACAGUUCAUUUUGGGAUCUCAAAGUGCUUCCAAAGCAUUCAGAUUCACAAACAACUAAACACAGUGGGUCAUAUUUAUAAUCCCCAUACUUGAAUAAACAAAAGGGGUGACCUCAGACCACCCAGAAACACAGUGGCAGCUAUCAAGAUCUAUUUUCUAUCUGUUUGAUAGACCUUCAUGGGAAAUCACUAAAUACAAUGCUAUUUUUCUGAUGUGUGCUAAUAAAGUCAAAGAAAACAAGUGCAACUUUACACCUUUGUCCAUUUUCAUUCAAGAGGUUCAGGGUGCUUGGAAUUUUGCAACUCAGCACACCUUGCUGGCAUCAGUUGAUGAAGUGGGAGGUUACUAGAUUCACCCAAACGUCACCCCACUCAAAGACAGAUCUAGACACACACCCUUGUUUACAGAUUCACAUUGGGUCUAACUCCUGUGCUAAAAUACCCACCUUUCAGGAACAUGGCUGCUCCUGGCAGUGGAAGGUGCUGAAACAAAAUUUUAAUUAAAAACUUUAUCAAAUAUUCUUCAUAGUGCUCUGAGCACAAUAGAAAUUCAGUCCUAACUAUGGAGCCCUACUUUGGAGGAUCUCGAUUUCUGAGGGAGCUGAUGGGUUCUGAGUGUCUUCUCAGGUUAGGAGGUACACGAUCCCUCACAGGGGUCUUCAACAAACCACGGGGCGGUCAUGGAACCGACCAGCAGUGCCCUGUCAGGCCACCGUGGACCCAAACAGAGGUGAUCUCUCCUUCCCUCCCCGCCUCCGCCUCAUUCCCCCUACACAGUCGUGGCUGUUGUCAGUCAUUUAGGGCUUGGGGGAAGUUAGGUCCCAGGAAAAAUGAAUGCAAAACCCGUGGUGAACAGUUUGCUUUGGGUUCAUAAAAUGCUGGUGAGGAAGAGACGACUAUCAGUUUGAGCUUUGCCAAGUAAGAUCAAAGAAUCCGUUGUCAUCCCAUCCCUCUCGCAGAAGGGUUUUACAGCAUUAAGACUAAAUCCAACAUUUUUCCAUAGAUUUUUCUUUAGGAGACAUCUCGUAAAUUAUGUAUGUGAAAAAAAAAAAUCAUGAUCCAUUUUCCUUGUGUGUUUGAAACAGACGUUGGCGUCUCCCUGCCUGAGUCAGUCGCUGCGUGUUUUGCAGCAGCCGCCCGAGAGGUUCCCAGUGAUGGCUCCUCUACCGUGGAAUCCUGUGUUGUUACAGUUGUUCUAUGACUUACAGUUGAGGGUUUGCAAGCCUCCGAAUUCUACAAGGCUCCAGGGGGACCAACCCUCUUCUGAUUGCCUCUUUUGAGUUACAGGGCUUUAAUCAGCGAGUGCUGGCUUCAAGUGUGAACAGACACACCUGAUGCCAGUGAGGGAAUGGGGUGUUUGCAAGUGGGGAAGCAAUGACUCUGGAAGGUUAGAAGCUUCAGUGGGCCUUGUACAGCUUCCCACUCCCUGGGCAAAGGCUGACCCUGACACCCCCAGUUCCCGUACUCGCACCACAAAGAGGUACCCGACCUGAGACCUGAGGUCUCCGUAUCAGGCCUCUGCCGUUCCAGGAAGUUGAUCUUGCAGAACACACUCAGCAGCUCCUCCCCUUCCUGUCCUCUGAGCGCCCCCCUCCCUGCCUCCUUCCUAGACCCUGACACAACGCCACGGUUUCCACAUUGGAAGGGCAGAAUGCUGUGCAAUGCUGUGCACACACGCUGAGUUAGGAACAGCUGCCCAGGGGUCACCUUCAUGUAAGUAUUGACAGCUGCAAAUUAAAGUCCUUGGAGCAGCUAACAUAGAUACUACUUUCUAGAAGAGAAUUAAAUGUAAACGUCAAGUUUAAAGGGAUCAUAAUUCUGCAGGUAUCUUUCUCUGAGUGACUGUGACUAUUGCAUUAGGGUAAAUGAAUUAAGAAGUACAAGUGGGAUUUACUGUAUGUUAGAAAGGAGUUUUGCAGCCAAGACUGCCUUGAAUACAAUGUGUUUGCACUGAAAAAAAAAAUUUUAAAUUACUUGGUCUCUGGUUGCUGUAAGGUCAUCCAAGAUGGAUGUUCUGUUUAUAUUGUAUAGUAUUUCAUAUGAAAUAAUUACGGUUCAUGAAACGUCUUCCCUAAUGUUACUGAUUUAUAACAGCACAUUUGUAACAUGGUUUUUAUCGUGUCAGUGUACCAUAUUGUAAAUGAUGAUUACUUGUCAUGCUUAGUAUAAUAACUUAAAAGAAAAAAAAAGGACAGGGAUUUUUGUAAGUCUAUAUUUGAAAGUCCCUCCAUAUGGUAAUAUUGUGUUCAUGUUGUUUAUGUAGUGUUGUGUGAAAUAUCCAUUUUGGAUUGUGUUACUUUUUAAGAUAUUAAAUAACAUUUGGUUAUA